AUGGCGCGCCAACAGGAAGAUCCCCAGGCCUCCGAAGCUCACGUAUCUCAGGCCUAUACGCCCGGCAUAGCUCCGCCCUCGCAGGCCAUUAACCAAUCACCGGCGAUGCCUUCUGCGGUGGCUCCAUCCCCGUCGAUUGUCAGCCAAUCACCGGCGGGGAGUGCGGUCGCCCCGCCCCCGCCCAUCGGUGGCCAAUCAACGGCAGCCUCAGGCUCCUCCCGACCGCUCUUGUGCUGUGAUGAACCUGGGUAUGACACUGGACCCGCCCAUGGCCCCGCCCACGGCUCCGCCCAUGACUAUGAUCAGCCUUCGUCCGCCCACAAGUAUAACCCGCCGCCCUUACUCAAACUCCCGCACGUACAUCAACCGCCGCCCAUGGACAAGUACGAGCCCCUUCCGCCUCAGCCUAAGUAUGACCUGCAUCAGCCACGCCCUGAGUAUGACUCCACCCUUCCCGUGCCUCCGCCGCCCCCGCCGCCGCCGCCGCCGCCCACGACUCAUGAGUACGACCCGAUGCCGCCGCAAGUCCCCGCCACAAGCGACGACGAGGCGUUGGUGUACGCGCCGAGUGUGGGCGCGGAACAGCUUGGGGAACCGCCCCCUCCCAUGCCCGAGCCACCCAUGCCCCUGGGCUACUUCAGCCACUACGCCCUGGACACUCACGGCAGCCUCGACACCCACGACUCCCUCGACUACAGCGUCCUCGACGCACUGCUCGAGGGAGCGUCGUACCCGCAGCCGGGGGAGUCGUCCGGGUCGCAUGAGCAUUACCACGACUAUCCUCACUACUAA